AUGGAGAGGUUUUUGAAAGACCAACGCGUUAUAAUUGUGAAAACUCAUUACAAAAAUGGGGAAAGUUACGCUGAAACCGCUCGCAAACUUCGCCAAAUUUUCAGCCGAGAAAGUGCACCCAAUGUGUCAACCAUUCAAAGAGUGGUUAAAAAAUUUGAAGAAACUGGUUCAAUUAUGGAUAAUAAGAAUCCUUUGCGUCAACGUACCGGUCGGUCUCUUGAAAACAUUGCUGCUGUAAACGAGAGUGUUGCCGAAAACCCGAAAACAUCAAUUCGACAUCGUUCUCAACAACUUCAAAUUUCACGAAGCACUACGCAGCGAAUUUUGACUAAAGACCUCCACCUUCAUGCGUACAAGAUUCAGUUAACUCAGGAGCUCAAACCAGCAGACCACGGAAAGCGCUGGCAAUUCGUUCAAUGGGUAAUGGAGCAAAGUGAAGUCGAUACCAAUUUUUCGGAAACAGUUAUUUUCUUCGAUGAAGCGCAUUUUCAUUUGGAUGGCUUCGUGAAUACACAAAAUUGUCGAAUUUGGGACUCAGAAAAUCCUCAUGCAAUCCAUGAGAAACAAAUGCACCCACAACGAGUAACUGUCUGGCGCGGAUUUUGGUCAGGCGGUGUGAUUGGACCUUACUUUUUUGAAAAUGAGGCUGAAAUUGCAGUGACUGUGAACGGCAUUCGUUACAGGAAUAUGAUAACGGACUUCUUGUGGCCUCAACUAGACGGCAUGGAUCUGGACAACAUGUGGUUUCAGCAGGACGGCGCAACCUGCCACACCGCGCAUGAAACAAUCGACUUAUUACAGCAACGAUUUCCAGAACACAUUAUCUCACGAAACUCUGAUGUCAACUGGCCACCAAGAUCGUGUGAUUUAACGCCGUGCGAUUUUUUUCUUUGGGGUUUUGUGAAAUCUCGGGUUUAUGCGAAUAAACCCGAAACAAUUCCUGAGCUCAAAUCGGAAAUCCAACGCGUCAUCGGUGAGAUACAGCCACAUAUCUGUGCAAAAGUCAUGGAAAAUUUCAUGAAAAGAGUAAUGGCCUGUCAUCGGAGCCGUGGGGGUCAUUUGCUGGAUAUUUUAUUCCAUACUUAA